AUCAAAUCUAAUUCGAUCAUCCGAAUUGACACCUCUAGCUUUUUUUCCGUCCAAAAACACAAUCUAACACCAUGAGCACUUCUCAAGAAAUACAAAACACGAAAAAGCAAAGAUUGUCGUUCUCACAAAAGAAGAUGACGACUUGAGUUAAACUUCAACAGACACUAGGAAACCUCUACUAGAUACACCUCACGUGAACUUGGGUCUUCUUUCCUGACAAUUCCACAAACAAUUUUGAAAAAACAAUGCCAAACCCCCUCAAAAAUUACCAAAAUACCCCUCUCACCCAACUUAGCCGUUGAGGGUCCCUUUUCUUUCUCCUCCAACUUUUAACCUCCUCUCUCACACUGUUCGUUUUUUCUUCAUUCAUCCCACUUAAAACCCCCCCCAAAAAAAAAAAAAACAAUAAUUUUGGGUUCGUUUUCAGUAUUAUUAUCUUGUUUACAUAGGAUACUUAUUUUGAGUCAUUAUUUGAGUAAAUUUAUUAUUUUUAUUUAAUUAUCUUCAUUGUUACCGUUGGAAGUGGUGGUGGUGGAGGGGAGUAUGGCGUCGACGUCAAGCGGCGAUGUCGGCAGAGUUGGGGUGGCGACAGUGAAUAUGACAUCGGGUACGACAGCGGCUUCGGCCGCGAUAAACAAGAAUAAGGAGAGCAGUGAGAGUGUUGGAGUGGUGUUAAUGAAGAAAGUAAAGAGAGAAAGAGGAGGGUCUACUGCUAAAGAUAGGAUCAGUAAAAUGCCGCCUUCCACUGCUGGUAAACGUAGUUCCAUCUACCGUGGUGUUACCAGGCAUAGAUGGACGGGUCGAUAUGAAGCUCACCUUUGGGAUAAAAGCACUUGGAAUCAGAAUCAGAAUAAGAAGGGAAAACAAGUUUAUUUAGGUGCAUAUGACGACGAGGAAGCUGCAGCUAGAGCAUAUGAUCUUGCUGCCUUGAAGUAUUGGGGCCCAGGAACUCUAAUCAAUUUUCCAGUCACAGAUUAUAGUAGAGAUUUAGAUGAAAUGCAAAACGUCUCCCGAGAGGAAUAUCUAGCAUCACUCAGGAGAAAGAGUAGUGGAUUCUCAAGAGGUAUAGCUAAAUAUCGUGCGCUUUCAAGUGGCCGAUGGGAACCUUCACUGGGCUGUGCUACUGCAACUGAAUACCAUCAUGGAAUUCACUAUGGUAAAGGAGAAGAUAUGCCAGCCGAGGGUGACUAUCCUGGGGGUUUUCCCAUUGAAAGAAAACUCGAUUUGACAGGUUAUAUCAAGUGGUGGGGCCAGAGAAAAAUCCGACAAUCAGAUAGCGGAAAGCAUAGCAGUGCUGAAGAAAUGGGGACAGAGCUCAAAUCACUUGAACGGGAUAUCCAGUCCACAGAGCCUUAUCAGAUGCCUCAGUUGGGAACUUCAUAUGAAGCAAAGAGAAAUAAUAAAGGGUCUGCUACUUCUGCUUUGAGCAUAUUGUCAAGAUCUGCUGCAUACAAGAACAUGCAAGAGAAAGCAUCUAAAGCAAAGGAAACUACUAAUGAUAGUGAUGAGAAGGAGAACAAGAGUUAUGUUAGCAAGAUUGAUUGUGGCAAAGCUGUCCAGAAAAUGAGUGAUGAUUCAGGAAUUGAGAGAUUGGGGUCUACCCUUGGAAUAGGCGGAUCAUCUCUUCACAAGAACAUGUUUCCUUUGUCUCCGCUGCUCACUGCUCCACUUUUGACAAAUUACAAUGCUGUGGAUCCUUUAGCAGACCCUAUUCUUUGGACGUCUUUAAUGCCUUUAUUGCCUACGGCCCCUUCUCGGACUGCUGAGGUAACGAAAACUGAGACCAGCUCAACGUACGGCUUCUUCAGGCAGGAAGAAGGAUGACAAAAUCAAUGUUCUAAGUUUUGAUGAAGGGGUAUUUUGCCACUAUAGACCAGAGAACUACAAUAUUGCAAUCAGAGUAUGAAAUCUUUAUGAUAGAGCACAGGGCAUGCUUAUAUGAGGAGAAAAUAAAACAGCAUGGGCGGACUGUGUACCUAUUAUGAAAUGCAUAUCAGGAAGAAUUAUCUUCCUCUCCCUAUGCACCUAACAUCUAGGCUUAAGCUGUAAAAGGUGAGACCACUUGUUAAUAUGUAGCCAGUAACAGUUAUUUCACAUUACUGUAAACUCUAUCGUUGCCUGAGGCAACGCUGCCAGUAUAUUUUUCAGGGCUGCUUCAUAGUUUCUCUUGUUCCCAGGUUAGUUAUAUAGAGUUGAUAUUUUGGUAAAUGAACAUAUAUAUAGAAGAAAGGACACUCACUUGACAUACUAGGUUAAGACCCAAUUGGUAUAAUGUUGAAAACCAUACCAUGAGAGGCAUAAAUACUAGGUUAAGAAUGUGACUUUGAUA